AUGUUUAUUUCUGAUGAAAAUCUUGCAUUCAAAAUUCACACGAAAGCUUUAAAUGAAAUAAUUGAACAGCAACUUCUGGCGCCAAAUCUCCGUCAAACCAUCUACCAUCCAAAUGGAGCUGAAAGUGAGAUAAGAACGGAAAUCGAACACUGCUACUAUCACGGGACAGUUAAGGACUAUCCCGGUGCUUCGGCCGCAUUCCACACAUGUAAUGGUGUGUCGGGAGUCAUCCACAUCGGGAAUGAGACAUUCGUCAUACAUCCCUUCUACGGCGGGGAUCUCUCGGUCAGUUGCAUGUUCUAA